CUUUGAGUUAACAGGAUGUACCACGCGAUCUCUGGACGAACAAGUUUCUGUAUUAUAAAUAAUCCUUAGAAUAAACGCAGAACCAUGGCCAUGUUGGCCAAUCUAUGUGAGAAAAGCUAUGCGGCUGAGGCGCGGUAUGUAAAUUUCUAUGCUGGUGGCGAUAUAGCCUGGAGUUCAGAUGGUCAACAUUUAUAUUGCUUGAAUGGAGGCGUGGUCAAUCAAGUGGAUGUGGAAACCUCACAGAUAUUGCAAAGUUUCGGCAUCAGUUCUGGCCAGAAUGACCAGAAGCCAACAUCUUUGAGUGACAUAGAAGAGGAGGAGGACACAAUCUACUGCUUUGCCGUAUCCCAUGAUCAUUUGGUAACUGCCCAUCGUAGUGGCUUGCUUCGUCUGUGGCAGAUUAGUCCCAAGAAAAUGGUAAAAUUGUGGAAAUCCCAACACAAAGGUCCGGUGGUCAAAUUGGAAUUCAGUCCUUGUGGCAAAAUAGUCUGCUCCAGCGGUGGAGCCGAUGCCACUCUGCGGCUUUGGGAUCACACGAAUAACAGUUGCCUAUGCGCCUUAAAGGAUUAUCCAGGACCUGCCAUGUUAUUGAGAUUUCAUCCCAAUGUCUUGAGGCGAGAGAUUUAUGCUGUUGGAUCGGAUAAUAUGAUUUAUGGCUGGAAUUUCGAGUCUAAGAAACUGAUACACAAAAUGCGUGGUCAUUUAUCUCAAGUCACGGGUUUGACAUUCCGAAGUGGCCAACAGGAUUGUAAUGACUUGGUCACCGUGAGCAGAGAUAAGGUUAUAAUUGCCUGGCAACUGAUGGCAGAAGACGACCAAUUGGAUGCCAAGCAAAUGAAGGUAUUGCCCCUGUAUGAUGAACUUGAGGGUGUUGUCUAUGUCAAAGAAGGCACCAAAUUGCUAGUGGCCAGUGGUUCGGGUAAACUCCAAGAGAUUGAUCGCACCAGCUGGAAGAUCAAGGAAGUUCUAGCUCAAACAGAUUUUCAAAUCAAUCAUCUUUUAUAUUGCACGGAGUUGAAUCAAUUGGCUUUGGCUACCACCGAGCAGAAUAUAUUGUUCUAUGAUCCUGACAGCAUGGAGCCCAUCAAACAUUUGGUGGGACAUAAUGAUGAAAUUCUCGACAUGUGCUUUCUGGGUGAUAACGAUCGUUAUUUGGCCGUGGCCACUAAUAGCAAGCACUUUAAACUCUACGAUACGGAGCGGCAAAUGAAUUGUAAACUAAUUGUGGGCCACACGGAUACCGUAAUGUCCUUGGCUUCGUCUCACAAUCUGCUUGUGUCGGUGGGCAAGGAUUAUAGCAUUCGGUUGUGGAAACUUCAGCAUGAGCAUGAAUGCUCUUUGGAGGAAGUAAUGAAACAAACAAAUUGUCAUACCUCGACCAUUGGUUGUGUGGCCAUGACCCAUAAUGGAGCCACAGGAUUUGCCACCGUUUGUCAAGAUGGCUCUAUGAAGGUCUGGCAACUACUUAGGGAUAAAAAGGAUGUGAAAUCUUAUAGCUUUCAAUUGCUAUACGCUGCCUUGGCCCACGAUAAGGAGGUGAAUUCCGUGUCCUACGCCUUGAAUAACAAAAUUUUGGCCACAGCUUCACAGGAUAAGACUGCAAAAUUGUGGUCAUCUGAAAAGAAUUCUGUAAUGGGUGUCCUACGGGGUCAUUCUCGAGGCGUUUGGAGUGUACGUUUCUCUCCGGUUGAUCAAAUUGUCUUGACAUCGUCGGCGGAUUGCUCUCUCAGAUUGUGGUCGAUUAGUAAUUUCGCUUGCCUCAAGCGUUUCGAUCAGGAAUGUUCUAUAUUGAGAGCUGAGUUCCUGGAUCAUGGUAAAUUCAUUAUAUCGGCCGCUUCUGAUGGUCUCUUGAAACUGUGGAACAUCAAGACAAAUGCCUCUAUACAAUCUCUGGACGAGCACACUGAUCGUGUGUGGUCUCUGGCUGUCUCAGAGCGAAGUAAUCGAUUUUUCUUCACCGGCGGAGCAGAUUCCAAACUGAUACGUUUCAGUGAUGUAACACAAAUCACCAGAAAUGAAGCCCUAGAUCAACGUCAAUCCAUCUUAGAACAAGAGCAAACACUUCUAUCCUUACUUCAUGCCCAAAAGAAUUUAAAGAAAGCCUUUGUCUUGGCUUUAACUUUGGAUAAACCCAAAGCUUCAUAUGACAUCAUUAAGAACUUUGUCCGUGAACGGAACGAGACGGCCAUGGUGGAAUUGGUGGAUCAACUAAAUGUGGAUCAACGUGUGGCCCUGCUUAAGCACGUCAAGGCUUGGAGCACUAAUUCACGGCACUCUCAGGUGGCCCAACUAAUUCUCAAACAUUUGCUGGGCGAUGCUUUGAUGGAUUCCAAAUUCCGUUUCUACGAUAAUGCAAAUAUGGUUGAAGUUCUUACGCCCUAUGUCCAAAGGCAUUUCAAGAGGAUAACUGAAAUGAAAAAGGAAUUGGCAUUCCUUGAGUUUAUAGUGAAAUGUAUGUAGAUUUUAAGAAUUUCUAUCUGUUAAAUAUAAACAAUUGUAAAGGAAAAACAA